CUUCUUUCAGUUACAGCAUAUAAGCAUGAAACCAUAGUCUACACAAAAAGUAGAGGGCGUCUGUCACUCAGUCACCGCUCCACUGCACGCAUAAAUGUUUUUGCUGAAGGCCUAGAAUGUUUGUAUGUUGUUUAGGCCCGCACACCCUACCGAGCUCGCCUGAUGAGGGCACUCGGGUUAAGCGUAAGAGCUUAGAUGUGGCAGCAACCGAGGAGUCCGAACGCGUCCCCGGAAAGGCCGCAUCCACAGCCCACGGCAACAAUGGCUAUAAAAAGCUGCAAAUGUAUGAGGGCCUUCUGCCUGGGCAGCUGCCUGACUCUCCUCGUGACGCUGAGGGCUUGGCCAGUAUCCUCGAGGGCCCCGCAAAGGGCAGCGCGGUGUCGCUCUUAGAGGACGGGUUAGCAAACGAUGGGCGCGGGAAGUCGUUCUUCGCGGCGUCAUGCGCCCACGCAACUGCCGGGGGCAACGGGCAGCUGGCGCUAGUCGUGCCGCCCCACCUCCUCCCAGCGGACGCGGCGGCCUUUGACACCGACUUCCGCGGUGGCGAGCAGGUGACUGCUUUGCCCUCAGUCAGCAGCAACGGUGCCUCGCAUGGGCAAUGCCGGGGCAGCAGCAACAACACGGGGCUGUCCAGCGGCGAGCCCGGGGCCGCGAGCGGCUUCUCGCCGCUGGACCUGAUGCUCCUGCCGGAUGGGCCCAUGGCACACGCGGUGUCACGGAGAAGCGGGAGACGGCGACUGCAUAAGCUGCACCGAAUACCAGCGCUCCCAGCUCUGCCUCCGGAUGACAACGGGUCGGCGGAGCAGGGCGAGGGCGGCAGCAGCGGCGACAGCACCGUCAAUGCCUCGUCCGGCCGACCACCAGCAGCGUUGCGGGGCAUCGUGCCGGCGGCGGAGGCAGGGCCAGGGUCACGGGAAGCCGCAGCAGCAGCAACACCGCAUUCAACUUUGGCGCUGCAUCGAUUGCAGCGGGAGCUGGCGGUAGCGGCGCAGCUGCCACGCGACUGCGCUGUACUGCUGCUGCCGUACCGCGUGUACGCGCAGCCAGACCUGGUGCACGUGGUGUACGACGGCGCGGGCGAGGAGCUGCUGUCGUACCUGCGGCAGCGGCAGCGGCUGCCGGAGGCCACGUGUCGGGGCGUCAUGCGGCAACUGCUGCAGGCGCUGGCAGCAAUGCAUGCGCAGCGCUGGGUGCAUCGGAAUCUGAGCACCGAGACGGUGUGGGUGCUGGAGGACCACAGCGGAGAGCCCGCACCCACUAUGCGGCGGGACGCGACGGUGCGGCGCCGCGAACCGCCGCCGCCGCGGCUGCGCGUGAAGCUAGGCGGUCUGACGCACGCGGCGCAGCAGGCCGUGGACCCCAGCACGGGUGUAGAGACGCCGCUGCGCGACCUGGUGGGCUGUGCCUAUCACCUGGCGCCGGAGGCAAUCAGCGGCUCCGGCUACGGCCGGCCAGCGGACGUGUGGGCGGCGGGCGUGCUGUUAGCAAUGCUGCUGACGGGGCGGGCGCCCUUCCCCGGUGCCAAUGAGCUGGAAGUGAUGACACGGGUGAUGGUGGCCACCACGCCGCCGCCGCCGCGCUCGCCGAUGCGGCAGUCGCACGAGGGGGCGGAAGCCGGCGGUGAGGGAGCAGGGUCACGGCAGCAGGAGCCACCCUGCGCCAGCGACACUGGUACAGAAGGCGCAGCGGCAGCGGCAGCAGCGUUUGCCACCUCACCCACACCAUCGCCGAGCGGCGCGCAGCGGCAGCUGGGCGGCUUUGGCGGCUACACGCUGCGCCAGCGCGCGGACGGCAGUAACAGCGGCGAGGUGCCGUUUCGGGAGCGCGACGCGCUGCAGGAGAUCAUCGUGCAGGCAGCGCUGGAGUCGGGAGCGAGCAGCGCGUGCCGGGAGUGCCUGGCAGGCAUGCUCACAUCAGAUCCCACACGGCGGCUGAGCGCAGCGGCACUCCUGAAGCUGCCGUGGUUUGAAACGGACGAGGAUGCUGGGGCGGCACGGCCUGCGUGAGACUCCCCUGCAGCGGCAGGUGUUCAACUGACUUGAGAGUACGUGAUGAAGCGCGAGCGCAUGUAGAGCGUGGGUGCCUAUCGCGUGUGGCGAUGACGGCAAUGCCUAUGGUGUGCUUGGCAUGACGUGUGCGGCAAGUGCAAUGGUGAGGUCAAAGGCGCCGGCACCUCCUCCGUGCUGCACCGAGCAGCCAAGGCUGCGUGUGUCAUCAUCAUGGCCAACGGUCGAGUUGGUGGCAUUACGCAUCUUUCCGAGUUGCUGCAGUUGUGGAGAAUGAGGAAGCAUGCACAAACACAACGUGACUGCACAUCUGUGUCAUGUACCAAUAGUUGGUGACGGAGUUGGACUUCUUGAUUCUAGAAUGCAUGAUGAACCUAGGAGGCCCAGGGUGUUGCUUGAUUCAGCAACGUCCUGAACAUAAGGCCAUAAAUGUUUAUCGCUAUGGACUUCAGCACCACUUUGCCAGUGUCAGGCUGAAGCAUCUUUUUGACUUGGUGCAACAUGUGGUGGUGCGUUACAUGGUCUGGCGGUGGGGGCUGGAAAGGGCUUUCGUGGCUUGCAUGGGAUGGCUGUGGCGUUGAUUAUGCGGCGUGUCUCUUCCUGUGUCGCCUGACUCCAAAUGACGUGCAGGUAUGAUCAACUGGGGGUGACAACAACCCGAUUUAAAUGCGAGCGACACUGCGGGAUUAUCUUUAGAAGUAAGCGUGCUUGCUUGUUCAAUGCUGUUUGGGGGAUUCAUAAACUGCGUAUGUAUGGCCCUAAUACCGUGGGGGCAUGUCGCACCCGUGGAGGGCACUGUACCUGACGGUGUUGGCGCAGCGCAUAAACCGAUGCACAUCAACAGCGCAAGGUUUGCAAACUGCACCGUUGCUCGAGGAUGGCGCAUGAUGGCGUGCGGGGGGUGGGGCCGGAUGCUACAGCUGCUCGCCCUGCUGAUCGGCGCCAAUUGUAACAGAAGGGAUCC